GCUAGAUAUUAAGUCAAGCACAAAUUGCUUCACCUGUAACUCCAUCAAUUAAUGGAGGCUAUGAAGCCGUCAAGCUCGGCUCGACUCGUUUAUACCCAUUCGUCAGUUACAUUCGACGAUGGCUGGCGAGAAGAAACCGGCGAAAUCUCCGGUGAUGGCGGUUAAGCUCGUCAGGUCCUCGCGUUUUCUCCCUCGUGAAUCAGUUGCACACAAGGUGUUUGCCUUCAUGCUCCAGAGAGACCCACACAAGGAAUACAAGAGAGGAUUUUGAGAAGAGAAUUAGGUGGAGCAACAGCGUCACGGUGAAGGAAACGGAGCUUGGACAGUGGCAGAGAAGCAAUGGAAUCUCUUUUAGGGCUUCUAAGGGUUCGGAUUAUUCGAGGAGUCAACCUCGCCGUUCGAGAUACAAGUGGCAGCGAUCCCUACGUUGUUCUCCGCAUGGGCCGUCAGCAAGUGUAUGACAAAGAUACAUUCAGCCGAGAUGACAAAAUGGGGGAUGCAGAACUUGAGAUUACAUCAUUUAUUGAUUCAGUAAAGAUGGGCUUGGCUGAUCUCCCCAAUGGCACCAUAAUCAGAACAGUGAAGCCAUGCAGGCAAAACUGCCUUGCUGGUGAGAGCCCAAUUCUCUGGAAGGAUGGCAAAAUAAUACAAGAGAUAGUGCUCAGGCUGAGAAAUGUAGAGACUGGUGAAAUUGAAUUGCAGCUGAUGUGGAUUGACAUUCCAGGUGCUCCAGUUUUCUAAGCUUCUGUGUUAUAACUGCAGUCAUACUUGGUUUAUAUGAACACAUACAUGGAAACUAUAUAUUAUAUUUAUAUAUUGCAUUUAAUCUCCAACAAAAUUCAUAGCUGGAGAAUUUUUUUUA